ACGCCGAUUGUUUGUUUACAGUUAUAGGUUAAGUGGUAAACCUAAGUUUAAGAAAUAUAUCUUUGUGUUAAUAUUUUUUUAAACACUAAAGAAAUAUGAAUUUUCUUAAAAAACUUCAACCUGGAAUAGAAACUCUAAAGCAGCUUGAUGCGUACUCUAAACCAAUUGAAGAUUUCCGAGUCAAAACAGUUUCUGGAGGCACUGCAUCAGUGAUGUGUUGGCUCAUAAUUCUUGUACUGUUGGGUAAACGAUUCUACGAGUUUACUUUUAACACAGACACUGUUGAAACAAUAUUUGUUGAUACGUCCAGAGGUACUAAACUACGUAUUAACAUUGAUUUCAUCAUACCUGCAGUUUCCUGUGAUUAUCUUGCACUUGAUGCAAUGGACACAUCAGGUGAACAGCACUUACAUAUAGAGCAUAACAUAUUCAAGCGUCGUUUGGACUUAGCUGGCAAUCCAAUUGAGGAUCCUAAAAAAGAAGAAUCUUUGGGAACUGGAAAACAUUCUCAUGGUGAACACAAUGAUACUGCAUUGGCUGUACCAAAAUGUGGAAGCUGUUAUGGAGCUGAAGAUCCAGCCAGAAAUAUCACAUGUUGCAACACGUGUGAAGAAGUUAAGGAAGCAUACAGGCAUAAACGUUGGAAUUUUCCUGAACCAGACAAAAUAGAACAAUGCCAGUCUUCCCACGAUGCUGAGAAAAUAACAAGAGCUUUAAAGGAAGGAUGUCAAAUAUAUGGAUACAUGGAAGUGAACAGGGUGGGAGGCAGUUUUCCAUAUUGCCCCUGGUCAAAGCUUUUUUCCAUAAAUCAUGUACAUGUUUUCAACACAUCACAUAUCAUCCGACAUCUGUCGUUUGGAAGAAACAAAAUUGCUGGGAAAGCAAAUCCAUUGGACGAGUCUGUAUCGAUAGCCUCUGAGGGCUCCACAAUGUAUCAGUAUUAUAUCAAAAUUGUUCCAACGAUGAGAGUUCUAAAAGAUGGCUCAGUAUUCCACUCUAACCAGUUUUCAGUGACCAAACAUUCAAAAGUGGUCUCACCAGGUAGGGGAGAUUCUGGAAUGCCUGGAAUAUUUUUUAGUUACGAACUUUCAGCACUCAUGGUGAAAAUAACUGACAAAGUUGUGCCAUGGAGUCAUUUUUUCAACGAUUGCUGCAGUUGUAUAGGAGGAGUCUUCAUAGUCUUCAUGUUGUUGGACUCAUUCUUUUACAGAAGCUUAAUACUAUGGAAAAAAAUGGAAAUCGGAAAAGCGCAUUAAAACAUUAUGCGUAACUGAAUUGUUUGUAGAAUAUGUGACAAGUGAACUUUUACCAACGGAUCUGGACUUGUAACUUAUCAUGACUUGUACAGUAUUAAUAAAAAAAAUAAAAGCUGUACAAAUGUAUUUUAUCUUUUGAGUUUUCAAAUUUAUUGUGUGUGAACUAUUGUUGUGUACAUUGUUUUUUUUUUUCAAUAAAAAGGAGUUUUGAUUUUUAA